AUCUUCUUUCUACUAUUCCCCUUUCGCCGGAAACCGAGUCGGCUCAUUGAGUCAAACCAAAACCAAUGGGUAUAUGCAGCUCGUACGAGUCGACACAAGUCGCGACGGCGAAGCUGAUCUUACACGACGGAAGGAUGAUGGAGUUCACAAGUCCGGUCAAAGUUGGUUACGUGUUACAGAAGAAUCCGAUGUGUUUCAUUUGUAACUCCGAUGAUAUGGACUUUGACAACGUUGUAUCAGCCAUUAGCGCCGACGAGGAGUUUCAGCUUGGUCAGCUUUACUUUGCUCUUCCUCUUAGCUCGCUUCAUCAGUCUCUUAAAGCCGAGGAAAUGGCUGCAUUGGCUGUUAAAGCUAGCUCUGCUCUCAUGAGAAGUGGUGGUUCUUGUGGCCGAGAUAAAUGCCGUUGUCGCCGGAAAUGUGUGUCUCCGGUGAUCUUUUCUGCUCGGAGAGUGGCGGCGGUGGGAUCUAAUGGAGAGACAAGGAAUGGGAAAAGACGCGGUGGUGGUGGUAGCGAGAGGAGGAAGUAUGCGGCGAAGUUGAGUAAGAUUGAAGAGUGAAGGGUAGUUUGGUGAUUUAGUUAUUAUUGUAGGGUUAAGUUUGUAAAUAUGUAGUUAUUAUUGGAGGACCAUUACAUAUUUUUGUGCCUAAUGCAAAUUGCAUUUUGCAACGUGGGAAAAGUGAUUGUACUUGGUUUACUAAUCAUAUUAUUUGAUAAAGACCAAAAAAAUCUCAUAUUAUGGAUUAAAAUUCAAUUUUGUUA